AUGGAUUCUCUCACGUCCUMCCUCCCGCCAUUUGUACAGGCGCACCCCGCCGCUAGUCUGGCAAUUGUAGGAGCUGUAUCAUACAUUAUACAUGGAAUUGGGUUGGUGAUCUACCGACUCUAUUUCUCGCCUUUGGCGGGCUUCCCGGGCCCGAAGAUCGCGGCCGCUACGCAUUGGUAUGAGUUUUAUUACAACUUUUGGUUGCAAGGAAAAUAUAUUUAUCAGAUCGAGAAGAUGCAUCAGAAAUAUGGACCUAUUGUCCGAAUCAAUCCUGGCAUACUGUGCAUCAAUGAUCCUGAUGCAUACGACGAGAUUUACGUAUCCGAAGCCAAACGUAAGACUAAUAACUACCAACCCUUCAGCCAGGGCUUGGGCUUCGAUGGAUCUCAUUUCUUGACUGAAGAACAUGAUUUGCAUCGCCGAAGGAGAAAGCCAUUGGAGCCAUUCUUUUCUCGUUCAGGUAUUCUCCGUCUCCAGCCCCUUUUGGCCGAGACAAUCGAGAAACUUGACUCGCGAUUCGCUCAAGCCAAAGGCACUGGAUCUGUGAUCCGUCUAGAUCAUGCCUUCUUUGCCAUGUCUGGUGACGUGGUUGGAAAGUUGUGCUGGGCCGAAAAGGAGGACUUUUUGGACGAGCCUAACUUUUCUCCUGGAUGGUACAACCUUGUUCAUGGAAUAAUCAAGUCUAUCUACCUCUUUCAAAUGUUUCCAUGGAUUGCACAAGCUGCCAACAGUCUGCCCAAAUUUCUCCUUGCCCGAUUACUACCCCAGGCUUUGGUCUUUGACGAUUUUGACAAGAUGACAUUGCGUAACGUAUCAAUUGCCAAACAAGCCAAGCUGGACAAGUCUGAGCGCGACCCUUUCAGACGAAAGUACCCAUCACUCUUUCACUGGAUUGUCAACAGUGAGAUGCCCGAGUCUGAGUUGGACGACCAGCGUCUCGCCAACGAGGCUCAGGUUAUCAUGUCAGCCGGUAGUACCAGUACUGCUCGCACUUUGAGCCAUAUUACCUGUCACAUUUUGUCUCGACCGGAUAUUCGGGCGCGACUAAAUGAAGAACUCGCUCCAGUUAUGGCGGAAUGGCCGGCGAAAAUACCUACUUGGGUUGAGCUGGAGGAAUUACCAUAUUUGCAGGCUUGUAUUAAAGAGGGGCUUCGACAUAGUUAUGCUGUGAUGCACCCUCUACCACGGGUUUCACCAGACGUUCCUAUUGAAUACAAGCAAUGGACCAUUCCUGCUGGGGUUGCUGUUGCCAUGUCACCGUACUUGAUGCACACCGACACAUCAGUAUACUCGAAGCCCUUCGAAUUUAUCCCCGAACGCUGGCUAGAUGAAAACUUCAACCAGAACAUGAUGCGCAACUUUGUUCCAUUCGCAAGAGGUUCCCGCAGAUGUCUCGGUCAAAAUCUCGCAAUGGCAGAACUCAGCCUUGCUCUCGCCGUGUUCUUUAGACCAGGCGGCCCUCGUCUAGAGCUUUUUGAGUCUGAUACUUCAGACACAAAUCAUGUUCAUGAUUAUGUGGUGCCGUUACCGAGGUUGAAUACAAAGGGUAUUCGUGUCACUGUGAAUUAG